AUGCAGAAUGGUCGACGGACGACUACUGGACGAGUAUCGAGAGAUCAUCAUGAAGUUUCCAAUAGUUACGCCGAUGGUUUUUCUGCAGGUUUCGAAGCUGGACGACGUAUGAGUCUUGUUGAAGGUACACAACAUCUCAAUCGACGACGUAGUGACGACAUGCAUCAACAUCGAUCGACAUCUCAAGGUAGACGACCAUUUGCGAACGCUCGUCGAACUCCGCUACAUACGAAUCGAGAUCAGAGAUUUAAUCCAGAACAAAUUCACAACAUUGGUCGUUCAUCGUUGGAUGAGCAGCUUCAUAAUCGCGAACGUGGCAUGGUCGGACGGAUAACUAAUCCUUCAGACACAGUACAUUUGCAAGCACAUGGACGUUAUUAA